AAUCGAACACAGAUUCUUUAAAACUGCAAAAAAGAAACCACAUAGUUGCAGACUUGCAGCAUCAUCUUAGCUACCCUUUUUUGUUCCUUGUGAAACUCUUGCAACCUUAGCAAAAAGAAACAAACUUUCCUAAAAUCUGAUCUGGGUUCAUCACUUUUUCUAUGAUGGGGUUGUUAUAUAUUUCUGGCUAAUAAAGCAAGUUAUUAUGAUGACUCAAAAUAUUGUUAUAUAGCUCACUUUUUUUUUCUUUUUUUCUUUUUUCCUUAUUACUACUAUUAUUGUUCUUCUUCUUCUAGACUUCUACCUGUGCGAUUCUGUGUUUUUUAUAUAAAGUUCACCAAAUCUUAAAUUUAUUUUUGAGAUACCAAUUACCAUGUCUAUCAUGAAGAACAAUCACAAAGAUCUAGAACACAUAUAUUCUUCAUGGAACUUCUCAAAGCUAAUGGCUUUCAUUCUUCUCUUGAUCACAAUCUCUUACCUUUGUUACUCUCUUAGAUUUGUUACCAAUUCAUAUGACUGUGGCCAAACACACCACAUUUCAAUUAGCCACAUUUCUGACACCACCACCACCACCACCACCACUUCAACCACAGCAGCAACAACAACUUCACACUCUCAAGAAGAAGAAGAAGAACAAGAACAAGAAGAUGCAGCAAUUGUUUCCACAAAGUUGGAACCUUUUGAAGAAACAAAUAUUUCCCACAUAGUGUUUGGGAUUGGAGCCUCAGCAAAGCUUUGGAAGCAAAGAAAAGAGUACAUAAAGCUAUGGUGGAAACCAAAUCAGAUGAGAGGAAUAGUGUGGCUAGAAGAGAAAGUGAAAACUGAUCCAAGUGAUGAGAAGCUCUUGCCACAGUUGAAGAUCUCUGAAGACACUUCAAGGUUCAAUUACAAGAAUCCAAAGGGUCAUAGAUCAGCCAUAAGGAUCUCAAGGAUUGUUUCAGAGACACUAAGGCUUGGAUUGAAGAAUGUGAGGUGGUUUGUGAUGGGAGAUGAUGACACAGUUUUUGUCACUGAGAAUUUGGUGAAAGUGUUGCAGAAAUAUGAUCACAAUCAGUAUUAUUACAUUGGAAGUAGCUCAGAGAGUCAUCUGCAGAACAUUUAUUUCUCGUAUAACAUGGCUUAUGGUGGUGGUGGUUUUGCAAUUAGUUACCCUUUGGCUUUGGCAUUGGAGAAGAUUCAAGAUAGGUGUAUUCAGAGGUACCCUGGUUUAUAUGGUUCUGAUGAUAGGAUUCAAGCUUGUAUGGCUGAGCUUGGUGUUCCUCUCACCAAGGAAAGAGGCUUUCAUCAGUUUGAUGUGUACGGCAAUCUAUUUGGGCUUUUAGCAGCCCAUCCUGUUACUCCACUUGUGUCCCUCCAUCAUUUGGACAUAGUCGAGCCCAUUUUUCCAAACGUGAGCCGAGUCCAAGCCCUAAAGCGACUCAAGGUGCCCAUGCAACUCGACCCGGCUGGGCUCAUGCAGCAAUCCAUUUGCUACGACAAGACCCGGACUUGGACCAUAUCCGUUUCAUGGGGCUAUGCGGUUCAAAUUUUCCGGGGCAUUUUUUCGGCCCGGGAGAUGGAAAUGCCGGCAAGAACCUUCUUGAAUUGGUACAAGCGGGCCGAUUACACAGCCUAUCCGUUCAAUACCCGCCCGGUUAGCCGGAAUGUCUGCCAAAAACCAUUUGUUUACUACUUGUCCAAUGCAGCAUACAACAAGGGUGCUAAUGAGACUGCGAGCCGGUACGUUCGGACUCAGUCCAACCCGGCUUGCAAGUGGAAAAUGGAGGAUCCGACCCAAAUCAAAAUAGUUGAGGUUUAUAAGAAACCCGACCCACAUUUGUGGGACAAGUCUCCAAGAAGGAAUUGUUGCAGGGUAAGACAAACAAAGAAGAAAGGAACUUUGGUGAUUCAUGUUGGUGAAUGCAUUGAAGAUGAAAUUGUUGAGUUAUAGUUAUAGAAAGAACUGCAAACAGUUCCAACACGCUUUUGUUUAUAAAUUCUUCUUAACCCUA